AUGCAGGUUGAAGGGCAAUAUCAAGAAGAUUCAAACGCUAUUACACACAGUCCCUAUUAUGGUUGUACUUUACGAGUUCUAUCAAAAGCUCGUGUUUCCUAUGAAGGUGUACUCGAUGGUAUUGGUACCGCUAAAGAUCGUAUAUAUCUCAAAAAUGUGCGUGUCAAUGCAAACAUAACAGGUUCUCCUAAUCGAAAUAGUUCUUCAGAUGAUCUUAAUAGACAUAUUACAACUGAUAAAUUGAAUGCUGUUAUGAUUGAUCAUUUAACAAAUGAUAUCCAUAUAUAUGAACAAGUAUGUUUAAAUGUACGUGAUAUUCAAGAAUUAAGACUGAUAGAAUUACCUUCGACAUUUCAUGAAUCGAAAGCAAAAUUACGAGCUAUUGAUCCAUGUCUUGUUGAUAUUCGUUUAUCAUCAUCUGAUAAAUAUGAAACAAGUUCAAACGGUUCAAAUAAUGAUCAUCCACCACGUGCACCCAUAGCACGUCAAAGUCGUGAUGAAUCAUAUGGAAGUAAUGGAGAUAGUGUAUUAAUAUCAUCAGAAUCAAAUAAUUCUUCACCUUCAUCUUGUAUUCAUUCUGAUGAAAAAUUUGCUGAUGAAAGUAAUGAUGAAUCAGUUGAUGAACAAAUCGAAAAAUUUAAUCAAUUAACAACAACAACAACAACAACAACAACAGCAACAACAAAUUUAAAUUCAAAACCAGUUACAUUACUUGCUAAAAAGAUUUUACCAAAAAAAUUUGAACGUCGUACAGAUGUACAAUCAACUUCAUCAAUUAAUACAAAUAAUAAUCUUCGUCAAACUAUUUCUGAUAAUCAUGAAAUAAUUGAUGGAUCAACAUCAAUCAAUAAUCAAAAUACAUUAAAAAUAGGACCAACAAUUGAUGAUGAUGAUAGAAAAUCAUCACCAAUACGUGUAACCAUUACAAGUAAAUUGAAUCCAGAUGCUUUACCAUUUUAUACUCAACAACGAAAUUUACCUGGAGUGCAAAAUCCAUCAUUUGUAUUUUAUGAACGACCUCGUUUUCGACCACGUUUACAAUCUAUUAGUUCACCAGAUCGUUCACAAGUAUUACCGUAUGGAAUGAAUACAGUCGAUAAUAAUCAGCAACAACAACAGCAGCAAAAUUAUCAUCAUUCAAAUCAAGGAUAUGGUCCACAAAGACAAAUGGCUGUUAAAAAAAAUUUUACACAAACAAAUCCACUAAGAACAACAAAAACAAGAUCUAUUCGAACACCACCACCUACGGCAAAAUAUCGUAUACAUGCAUCAACAUCUUUAGAUAAACGUUUUUUUUCUCAUCCACAACAUAAAGAUAAAACACAAAAUAAUCCUCAAUAUAGGCAAUUUCCACAUCAAACAUCAGUACCAACAUCAAAUUCAUCAAUAUUAACACCACCAAUAGGAGAUAGAUUUUUGGCAUCACGAAAUAAUCCUAUGCAUCAAUCAACACAUAGUAUUCGUUCAACACUAAGUUUACCUUAUCAUUAUGGAUGUUUAAGUGAUCGUAAUCAAAUACAAACACCUGUAUUUCAAGAAUCCAUAGGUUCAAAUCGUAGUCAACGUACAAUUUCAGGUGCAAGUAGUUGUAGUAGUUUAAGUGUUGAUAUUGGUCCACAUUCAAUUGUUCAACUUGAUUCACCAUUAAAUACAUUAACAUCAUUUGAUGAACAAUAUGAUUUUGAAAAAGCUAAUGAUGAAUUUCGUCGUUAUCUUGAAUUAGAAGAAUUAGUUAUACGUCGUCGAUCAUCUCACGAUUUAAAUGGUUCACCUUCUAAUGAUAAUACAAUACAACAACAACAACAACAACAACAACAAGAACAACCACAAACACAUUCAUAUAAAAAAGAAAUUUCAUUUUUUGAUCAUAUUUCAUGUACGGCAACAACUGGUACAGCAGUAGGUUAUACAGAAAUGGAUGAAAUAGAAAAAAAUCUUGAAACAUUUGGUAAUGAUGCUCUUUUAAUGGCUUCGAGUCUCAAUGAUAAUGAAUGGCAAAUAUAA